AUGAGCAACCUCCUUCUCUCAUUUCUUCUCGAAAGUGGAAUAUUCCACUACAGUCUCAGCACAAACAUGGAGGACACGUCCUUCGAAUGUUUACAAUGCUAUCGUUGCACGCGUCCAAUUCAAUCUGGACUACUGUGGCGAGAUGGCGGAAUUCUUCACGUAGCCUACUAUGACGGUUUCAUCCGCGUCGGUAUCAUCAUCGAAGAGUACGACGACAUGCUGCUUGUUCAGAAAUUAAAGCGUCUUUCGGACUAUGAGGAAGCCGAAAGAGAGAAACGAAUGAGUAUGCUGGAAAAGAUGAAGAGCCUCAAAACAAAGGUGGGAACCAUUGUUAAGCACCACCUUCCUUUAGGCUUCAAUUUGUUCAAGUUGGCAUUUCAGAUACUUGAUUCACCAGCAUCCAGCGGAUCGCAGAAUGGGGAAAAAGAAGAGGACAACGAGGAGAUCUACGCUGCUUACAUCGAAUUCUGCUCAUUGAAAGUCGAAUUCCGAAAUCAUUCAGUUCGAGCCGAUCGUGUUUCUCAACGUCUAAUCGCCUUGCGAAAACUGCUACUCCUCUCACAGAAAGCUAUCGAAGCUCAUAACGCCAUGACCAAUUCGAUAUCGCUGAUCGAGUCUGAGUUGGACGAAUUGACACGUUUCUCUCAACUCCAUGAUCAGUGCCUGGAAAGCGGCGAUUUCAAUCUGAUCGAGAAAAGUCGAGCAGUUUUCGAAGAACGAAAAUACACGGUUCAGGAGCUGAUGCGUAAAGCGAAAGCUGGUGAUAUGAAAACACUGAUUUCUGAGUGGGAAAAGAAGGUGUCAAACAUUAUCGAAUCGAUGAAUGGCAGUUGUGAUUCGGCCAAAGACAUGCGCCUUAUCCUUUCACAGCAUAUUUUCGAGCAUCGCGCCGAGAAGAACGUAAGGGUCCCAAUAGAAGGCCCUAACAGAGCAGGGGUUGCGGGUGUAUGGGUAGCCUCAAUCUCUUUGGACUCAUCCUAUGAAACUCGUCUGACUGCCGCUUGUCUGAUGCGUGGUGUCGAAGGUGUCUACGUAACUGAUGAUAAAGAAGUCUUUCCAAUCUACUUCUAUCGGGAAAAGCGAUUCUUUGACGCUGGAAAUCCCAUAUCGCUGCCUUCAUUUGAUCACUUGACAUCAAUUCUCAUGGAACACGACGGGAUGGUAUGUCCAAUCUCUCGUAGCAAAAUUUUUCAGAAUACGAAGCAUGUGUACCUGCUCACUACUGAUUUUUUACGAUUUUCUAUUACGAGUCUCAUGGCUCAUCCAUUUUCUCACGGUCCCAUAAAUGAUCUAAAGAUUCUUUCAACAGAGGACACCUACCUAGCUCUACACUGUUCUGACACUGAAGUUGUGAUAUCGGAACGAGAUCUUGAUCGUUGGCAUCGGGUCACCUAUCACUCGGGUGGUGCUAUCUGCCUUGGCCAGUACGCCAUCGUGGGACGCGGCGGUCGGCGGGCGCCAUUUUCCCUCGAUCAUCGUGGUGCAUUUGCCGUCACCGGUAGUAAGACCUACGUACGAAUCAAGGCGCUGCACUACACUGAAGGUAACUACUUCCUAAAUCUAAUAACUUGUUAUGAGUAUUGUCGCUCUAGACAACCUUGUUGGACUACACGAUUUGGGACAAUCUCGAGUGACCGACGAGAGAGCGGCAAAGAUGUCGAGGUACUCAAUGUGAGUCUUGAUCCUACCAUGGAAUGUCGCCCACUUCCCUGUAAACUACGAUAUUCUGUUGGGUAUGCCGAUAAAGCAAUCAGGACCUAUGUUGCUCUACUGACUGGGCAGCACGAAUUCACCGUGUCAGAAAAGUUUAUUGCUCAAAUCGAACCUCUUCAUUGUGUUUCACUGAUGAUCUGUUUCCAUGGACGUCCGAUGGGGUGCUAUGCGGCCAGUGGAAAAACCUUACAAGUUUGGAAUGAUCUUGAUCGCCAUCAGCAGAAGAAAAUGAAGAGUGAACGGAUGGAGCUGAAGAAGAUGGAGGUGGCAAUAUCAUCAAUGGCUCGAGUUGAGGGUCGUUCCUGUUACCUUCUGCUCGGCUACAAAGACAGCCGAGUACAGAUUUUUGAAGAGCGCGGUAAAGGGACCCGGCCUUUCGAAUUUGCCGUCUAUGGAAAAGGAAUCGCUAUGCAUAAACUUACAGCUGAUGAACGUAAACGCCUUGAAAAAUACCGUGAUUUUGAAUUCUAA